CUCUUCCGCAAGGUUACUUUGGACGAACGAACUAUGAAGAACACCGUCGAAAACAACAGUAGGAUCACCUCCGAUACAAUUGCCGUCAUCCACCAGGCUGGUGAGGAGCCGUGUGGUGUUAGGGUUGACGUCUCCCUAGAAGAUAUUGAGAAAACAGUCGACCACAUCGUUCAAGAAAACUUGAAUACCAUAUUGGCACUGCGUUACCGAACUAAUACAGGUGAAUAUAUCGGACAUGUCCGCAAAUAUCUCUCAUGGGCAGAUCCCAAGACAGUCAAGAGCGUCAUAGAUGCAAAGUUGUAUGAGUUGCUUGGCGAGAGAACUGCUGCUGACAAUGUAAAGCCUACCAAAAAGAAGGAGAAGACUGCUGUGGAAGCUGUCCCAAGUCCAUCUGAAGAAGAGCUCAUUAACCCGUAUACUAUAUUCUCUCAACCAAGCCAAAAUUUAAUGGUGCACACCAAAGUCUUAUUCAGCGACGGCUCGGUCCUUAGGUACCAAAAUACAAAGGAGCUACUUGAGAAACAUCUCAAAGUGACUGGAGGGAAAGUUUUUACACGCUUCCCACCUGAACCAAAUGGCUAUUUACAUAUAGGACAUGCUAAAGCUAUGUUUGUUGAUUUUGGUCUUGCGAAAGACCGAGGAGGCUGUUGUUAUCUAAGGUAUGAUGAUACAAACCCGGAGGCCGAGAAGAAAGAGUACAUUAACCACAUUGAAGAUAUUGUUAAAUGGAUGGGUUGGGAGCCUUUCAAGAAUACGUAUACUAGUGAUUAUUUCCAAGAACUUUACAAUUUUGCUGUGGAGUUGAUUCGAACAGGUCAUGCCUAUGUUGAUCAUCAGAACGCCGAGGAGAUAAAAGAGUAUAGAGAGAAGAAAGUAAACAGCCCUUGGAGAGAUAGGCCUAUCGCGGAAUCUUUAAAGCUUUUCGACGAAAUGAGACGAGGAAUGAUCGAGGAAGGUCACGCAACGCUUAGGAUGAAACAAGACAUGCAGAAUGAUAACUAUAACAUGUUUGACCUUAUUGCCUACCGUAUAAAGUUCACAUCUCAUCCUCAUGCUGGUGAGAAGUGGUGUAUUUAUCCGACCUAUGAUUAUGCUCACUGCAUUGUUGAUUCUCUUGAGAAUAUAACGCAUUCGCUAUGUACUCUUGAAUUCGAAACCCGGCGUGCUUCAUAUUACUGGCUACUACAUUCAUUAGGUCUCUACAUGCCACACGUGUGGGAAUAUUCACGGCUUAAUGUCACAAACACUGUAAUGUCCAAGCGUAAGCUUAACUACAUUGUGACAAACAAGUAUGUUGAUGGUUGGGAUGAUCCACGCCUUUUGACACUUGCUGGAUUGAGGAGGAGAGGUGUAACUCCAACAUCGAUUAAUGCAUUUGUAAAAGGACUUGGGAUUACAAGAAGUGAUGGUAGCAUGAUACAUGUGAGUCGUCUUGAGCAUCAUAUUAGAGAGGAGUUGAAUAUAACAGCUCCACGCACCAUGGUGGUUUUGAAUCCUCUUAAGGUGGUUAUUACCAAUAUGGAACCAGGUAAGGUUAUCGAGGUUGAUGCGAAAAAAUGGCCUAAUGAUCCCUCGGCGUCCUACAAGGUUCCGUUCUCUAGAGUUGUAUACAUUGAACAGUCUGACUUCAGAAAGAAAGAUUCAAAAGAUUACUAUGGACUUGCUCUUGGUAAAUCAGUAUGGCUUAGGUACGCUUUUCAAAUCAAGUGCACCAACGUUGUCUUUGCGGAUGAUGGUGAAACUGUUUGUGAGAUUCAUGCGGAGUAUGAUCCUGAGAGUAAGACAAAGCUGAAGGGUGUUCUACAUUGGGUUCCUGAGUCUUCACCGGGACUAGAGCCCUUGAAGGUUGAAGUACGGUUAUUUGAGAAACUCUUUAACUCCGAGAAUCCAGCUGAACUCAAAGAUGGUUGGCUCACUGACAUUAACCAAAACUCGAAAGUGGUUGUUUCUGAUGCCUAUGCUCUUACAACUAUUGAAGAUGCUGUGGUCGGGGACACAUUCCAGUUUGAAAGGCUUGGUUAUUUUGCGGUUGACAAGUCCUCUACACCGGGAAAGCUUGUGUUUAACCGGACGGUGACUCUUAGAGACAGCUACGGGAAACGGGGGAAGUAGGUAUGUUGAUCCAUACGACUCGUUGUGCAACAUACGAGGAUUAGCUCCUAGAGUGUGUUUUCGAGUGAUCGGUGAUAAAAAAGCAUGCCAUGUUUUAUUAUUUAUAAUGUUAUUUGGUUGUUUUUUUUUUAAUUGA